GCGUCAUUUAGGCGUCAUUAUAGUUAAAAAAAUAUUUUAAAGUUAAGCUUGGGACAUUUGGAACAAGUAAGCGAGAGUUUAAAGGGUUAAAUCGAACCGGAAGCACUUUCACAGUGUUACAUCCUGUGGAAUAAGGAUACACAUUUGAAAUGGUCCAUGGCUUGAUACUUUACGUUUAAAAUAAAUCUCCCAAAUGUCAGCAAAAUGAAUUACAUGCCAGGGACCGCGAGCCUCAUCGAGGACAUUGAUAAGAAACACCUUGUUCUGCUUCGCGAUGGAAGAACAUUGAUUGGGAUCCUUAGAAGCAUAGAUCAGUUUGCUAAUUUAGUUUUGCAUCAAACUGUUGAACGUAUCCAUGUUGGUAAGAAAUUUGGUGACAUACCUCGUGGGAUAUUUGUCGUCAGAGGAGAAAAUGUGGUCUUGCUUGGAGAAGUAGAUCUGGAUAAAGAGUAUGAUCAGAUCCUCCAGAGAGUUUCCAUUGAGGAGAUCCUGGAGGAACAGCGGACAGAACAGCAAGCCAAGCAAGAGUCAGAGAGACUGAAGCUACAGGCGGUGAAAGAGCGAGGCUUAUCGAUCCCUAAAGCUGACACGUUAGAUGAUUUCUGAAACAUCUUUAGUUAUUUUUGGAUGAUUUUAUUUCUGUUUUAUUGGAUGGUUUUGUUUGGUUUGAGACGACAUUCUGUCUUGACUUUGAAAUCAUUCUGUCUGAUGAUAGAGGAGUGAGUCUCACAAGAUUGCGACUUCAAGAUUUUGUUUCACUAGUUGCUGUUAAGGCAUUUUUGGGGAAUUUCCCACCAUCUUUGUUUCUUUUAUGGCAGAUGCCAUA